GUUUCUCAGGCAACAGACAGUAGGAGACACACGAUCAGCUAGCUAUUGAUAUCGUAGCUAUAUUUAUUCAAAGCAAGUGAAAAAGGGGAACCGACAUUGUGUCCAUGGCUUGUGAGCAACAAUUGAGGAAAUCUCAGGGCACAAAUAUCCUGCCAAAUGAAGUUACCACAGAACAGCAGUCCUUGAUUGUGGUGAAGAAACUUCUGGCCAUAGCAGUGUCCUGCAUCACGUAUCUUAGGGGUCUGUUCCCAGAAAAGGCCUAUGGGAGCAAAUACAUAGAAGAGCAGAAGGUGAUGAUACUGAGAGAAGAGCGGAGCUGCCCUGGAUCCAGUCAGAUUGUCCAAUGGAUGCAUGGAUGCUUUGAUGCUCUUCAAAAAAAAUAUCUGCGACUGGUUGUUCUAUCAAUUUACACGGAUCCAGAGAAUCCCCAGAAGGUUACAGAAUGCUACCAGUUCAAAAUCCAAUACACUGAGAAGGGACCUCAAAUGGAAUUUGAAAGCCGCAACAACAACAAUGUGACAAAGAUGGCCUGUGGCAACGUAAAGAAGGCCAGCAUCCUUCUUGUGCGCAAACUCUAUAUGCUCAUGCAGAACCUGGGGCCUCUGCCUGACAGCGUUUGUCUCAACAUGAAGCUGUCCUACUAUGAUGAAGUUACACCUCAGGAUUACGAGCCCCCUGGCUUCAAGGAAGGAGACAGCGACAGCAUGAUGUUUGAGAAAGAGCCUGUGAACCUGACCAUGGGGGAGGUGGUCACCCCCUUUCACACCCUGAAGGUCGAUGUGAUUACAGAGAGGGAGAGGCUGGAGCAGGUCGGUGAGGAUGAGUCUGUGUGUAAGGCAGAACGAGCAGCCCUGAAGAUGGAGGCAGACCAACAGGCCACCACGAGCAACAGUCAGCCUAACAAACCCUGUCGUUUACCAGUGUUGAAAGACAGGAAGGCUUAUCACAAUAAAGCUGACUUUUCAGAAGUGCAGGUGAGUAGCCAGGAGGAUGUGAAGACUCGUGAGGUGAAACUGGACAGCUCACACCUCCCUCAGAUUGACAAUCUGGUGAUGAAGACCUCAGACCUAGGGGUGACCAUAAAGAGGACUAGAAGUGGCCGUGUCAUUAAGUCCAUGGUGGGGAAGACAGACACAACAGUGUGCAGCACUACCAAGAACACGCCCAUUCCUCAGAUGAAUGAACAGACAAGCCCAUGUGAAGCAGAAAUGGAGCAGAGCAGGGAUUGCAAGCGCAUGCCAAAGAAACAGGCUAUCAAGAUUGAUUCCUUUCCUGAUUCUUUACCUUUGAGAAAAAUAUAUUAUGUGGUGUAG